AUUGUGCAUGUAACGGGCUGCAUUUGGGGCCAGGCGUGCGUUAAAUAGAACACAGAGUGCACUUAACGCGCUGCGUUUGCAGCGAGGCAUUUAACAGUUAAUUAAACACAUCGUUCAUUAAAUGCCCAUAUAGCAUGCUGCAUUUGGUCAUGCAUUAAAAAUGCAUUAGGGCGCUAAAUCUGCGUAUAACGUGCUGCGCUUGGGGCCAAGUGCAUUAACUGUGUGCAUUAAAUGUGCAUGUAAGGUGCUGCAGUUGAGGUUGCAUAUUGCAUUAAACAGUGCAUUGAAUGGGCUCACAGCAUGUUGUUGGGUUUGGGCAUGUGUUAAAAAGUGCAUUAAAUGCACAUUAAGCAUCUUGCAUUCCUGGCUGAUCGCAUCCUCUGUGAUUCGGGAGCAAAACUCAAGCGAUGCAGGAUGGGCCUUUGCCCUGCUUGGGAGGUGCAGAACUGAACCUGCCUUUGAAAUCUGGGUUAGGUGAGGCAGAGAAGCAGGGAACUGCAGAGUGAAUGGAAGUGGAUUUCUGCCUCCAGCACUGUGGUUUGGGUCCCUGCCAGAGGGGUUUUACAGCCCACCGUGGGCCCAACAGGGGUUGUGUGAGAUGCUGCCAAGUGCUGGUAUCUAUUACUUCCCAUGGGAGAUCAACAGCUCAGUCCCAGAGGGGGAGGCACUGAGGACGUUUGGCAGGUUAUGCUCCUACGACCUGGUCCGGUCUGAAGCUGUUCUCACCGCUCAGCACAGCUCAGCUCAGUACCGGGUCUGUGUUGACACCAAGCUUGUGGAGCCAUUCCAAGCCCAGCUGGGAUCUUGCUACAUCGUCCUGGGAGAGGCUGAACAUAGGGAAGGUGAGGACCUCGUAGUAAAGGCACGAAUAUUCACCUGUGUGGAAGGGAUGAAUGUGGCCUUGCUGGAACAAGCCAUACAGGAGCAGAGGAAAUACUUCAGCGAGAGGCAGGAGUGGAUGGGAAGCAGCACGUCCUGACAGCAGCUCUGAGAACAGCCAUACACUGGUCCUUGCACUGCCAUUUGCAACAAAUGUUAAAAGUAAAUUUAGAUGAUGGGUUUUUGCUGUGGCAAAUAGCAAAGUCAAGUCACUAAGCAGGGAAACACUUGAAGGCUGUGAGUCAAUGUGUGACUGUGGGUUGUUUGUUCAUGCCAGGUGUCAUCACUGAAAAUAGCUCUGGGAAGCAGGUUUGUUGUUUGUUUGAAGUGGUGAUUAAGGAAAGGGUGGCUUGAGUUGUACUGGUCCUUCUGUAAUGCAAGGCUUGGAGACAUCAGGAAAAGGAGAAGUCUCUGAAACUCCAAAUCAAAUGAGUUGAACAGCUCACACCCACAUGUGUGGCCAAAGCACAGCGUUACUGUUGGCAGAUGGGAGGUAAAGGGCAUUAGUGCAAAGUUCAUUUGCCCUGAGUGGCUGUGGGUCCGUGAGUGCAUGCAUUUGGUUGCUGUGACUCAGCUGCCACACAGGAGCAUUCUUGGCAAAACACUCACAUAUCUGGACUGACCAACAAAGAAACAAGAAGAACAAAGAAUUACUAUUUUCAGUAGCACCGGCUUCUUUGGAUUUUCAGGAGCUGGUGUCCAAGGUGAGAGGUUGACUUGAGCUCUAAAAUAAAUAUUUGCAGUGCCCUGAGAACCACCACUUGACUUCCUUCCUUGACACAACUAAGUUUAGGAGACCUUAAAUCUCUUAUUUUUUGAAGCAUCUAAAGGUUUUGAUCGAUACUUUCUUUAAUAAAGAUGAAAAGAGAAGGCAGCCUGUCUCUUACUGAUUAAAAACCUCUUUCUUGAUAAGCGAAUGCAUUAGCCCCUGCAGAAUCCCCAUGGAUUAUUUUAGAAAAUUUAGCAAUAUGGAAUUUUCCUCCUACGUACUAAGUGUUUAAGGAAGUGCUUGGCUUUGAAAAAGUUGCAAGAGAAGGUGAAGUUACAUCAGAGCCACUCUGGUUUAAGAACACAGUGCCAGACCCACCUAACAAAUAAACCAUCAACAAAAAGACAAAAAAUCACUAACGUGAGAUGAGAAUAAAAUGUUAGUGCAAAAGAGAGAAGACUUGCGUGUGCUAUCCCCAGACCUGGAGUGUGCUGAGACUGUGGUUUGCAGGGGAAUUCAGCCACCUGCAGCCUUUUCAGCUUUUGCUCAGAUACUCUGGGGAGAUGUUCAGAAAAUAAGGACUGAAGGCAUACAAAUGCACAGCAGCAGAUCAAAAUGCAACAGGUAUUGGCAAAGUCCCCUGUUACCAGCAGGAUUGAUUUAAGGGCCUGAGAUGGCUCAGUAAUUACAGUGCUUGCUAUAAUCUUUAAUCAUAGUUUAGUCUUAUGUUUUUCUUCACACAGUUACAGAGAUCCAAAAGUCCUGCCUCAGCACACUCUGUUCAGCUCAGAUCCAAAAACAUGAUCUCAAGAGGCAAGAUUUUAACCUGGUUUUGUAAGAGACAAUGAUGUCUGUCAUGAUGUGUUUAUGUUUACACAUCAUCUCCUGUCCUCCUAUUGUCCUCCCUGUGCUUAAAUUUUAUCCAAAUGGCAAGG